CUUUUCUCUUCAGUGAUGGAGUACCCAGUGACAGAAACGGGAUCACUUUUUCCCUCAGGAAUUAAGAGACAUGUGAAAGACAAAAGAAUGUCAAAGACUGCUAAGUUGAAUGUUUCUCUUGCCUCCAAAAUCAAAACCAAAAUAAUAAACAAUUCUUCUAUUUUCAAAAUAUCUUUAAAGCACAACAACAGGGCAUUAGCUCAGGCUCUUAGUAGAGAGAAAGAGAAUUCGCGAAGAAUGACAACUGAAAAGAUGUUAUUGCAAAAAGAAGUGGAAAAACUGAAUUUUGAGAACACGUUUCUUCGCCUAAAGCUAAAUAAUUUGAAUAAAAAGCUUAUAGAAAUAGAAGCACACAUGAACAAUAACUUGAUAACUGCAAUUGAAAUGAGCACUCUUUCUGAGUUCCAUCAGAGUCCUUUUCUGUUGCCAGCCAGCAAGGAUAAACGGGUUAGUAAACAGUGCAAGUCAACGCGUCUUCCAUUUGCAAGGGUUCCAUUAACUUCAAAUGAUGAUGAUGAUGAUGAAGAUAAAGAGAAAAUACAAUGUGACAACAAUAUUAUAUCAAUGACAUCACCUGAUGUUCCGUCUUCAGUAUCAACAAGACAAUCUUUAUCAACUCAGUAUAAUUUGGAAUUGUUAUGUCUUAAAGAAAAUAAUCAAAAUGUGUGUGGUUUAGAUGAUUCAGAGCCUAUUUCUUCUAUUGUUGAUUUACUUCCCAAAGAAAGCUGUUCCCACUCGGACCAAAGUUCCAAGAGUUCUCUAAUGAGUGAGAUGAAAAAUUCCCAGUCUAUCAGCCACAGAAAGGAGGAACCAUCUCUUAAUAACAUAACUAAAAGGAAAAGGCGUGCAUCAUUUCUGGAAUCAAAUAAUCCUUCUGAAGACAAUCCUUGUGUGACAAAUUUAAAUCAAGAAGGGAUUUCAAGUCCAGAAUUAAAUGGGAAUAAUGAGAUAAAUGAUUGUACUAAUGAACUGAAUAUUAAAAUGCAAAGAAACAUACAGUGCCUUCCUGACUCAUCUGAGUCUGCAAGUGAACCUACUGCGGAGUGCAUGAAUCAAGUUCAGGAUAAUGAUGACUUUCAGGGGCAGAAAACUGUGUAUGAUGCUGACAUGGAUUUAACUGCUAGUGAAGUAGUAAGUCAAAUUGUUACAGUUUCAACAGGCACUAAAAAUAAAAGUCAUAAAAAACCAAAUGACGGUAGAAUCAAAACUUUCAGAAAAGUGAAAGAUUCAAGCUCUGAAAAAAAAAGAAAAAGAUCAAAGAAACAAAUUAAAAAUAGUUCGGAAAUGAAUGUUGAGGAAAAGAUUGAAAAUGAACCAGAAAAAAGACCUGUUGGCCUGAAUGACAAUGGGGAUUCAGAAGAUCCAAAUUCUAUCUUCAGUACUGAAGAGCUGACUCAGUUGUACAAGCUGAAGACAAUAGUCCUUCAUAAUGACUUCAAUCAGGAUGACAAACAAAGUACAGAGAAUAGUAAGAAGAAAAAAAUACAUGUAGCAAAUGGGCAAGAGGAAGCAUACUCUUUCUCCCAAAGUUCAGAUAAAUUCCAGGAGGAGAGUAAAUUUGAUAUGGGUCAAAGUUCUCUGACUUAUAAUAAAAAUAAAACUAGACAGACAUUUGUAAUUCAUAAGUUAGAAAAGGAUCACUUAUUUCUAAAUCAAAAGGAUAAAGGAAUCAUUUCUGAAAACCUAGAAGUCACAAAUGAAUUUCAAACAGCUGACCUUGCCACCAGACAUAAUGGGAGUUUAUGUGAUUAUGAGACUCAGAACCUGUUGGACUUGAGAAAGCAUGUCGCUGAUACACAACCUGCUCAGCAAAAUGAAUCAAAAAUAAAUAAGAAGGUUAGGCAGAAAGUAAAUCGGAAGACAGAAAUAAUUUCUGAAAUGAACCAAAUAUAUGGGAAUAAUGAUAGAGAUGUGCAUGGCCCAGAAGAAGGUAACUUUUUUAUCCAAACCCAGGAGGCUAAAGAAAGCUGCUCUGGAAACCUACAAGUUUCAAGUGAGUUUCAAAACCCUGCCCUUCACACCAGCGGUAAUGGGGACCUAUGUGGUUGUGAGCCCCAGAAUGUGUUGGGUUUGCCAAAGCUGGUCACCAGUGUGUCUCCUGUUCAGCAAAAUAAGUCAAAAGUUAAUCAUCUCAGGCAGAGAGUAAAUCGGAAGACACUAUUAAUUUCUGAAAUGAAUAAUUUGUUUAAGGAUACAAAUGUGUAUUGCCCAGAAAAUGGUAACCCUUUCUUCCCGACCCAGAAGGAUAAAGAAAUCAUCCCUGAGAACCUAGAAGACCCAGGUGAGUUUCGUACACCUGCCCUUUCUACCAAAAUUGGUGGAAGCCUACCUGAUUAUGAGUCUCAAAAUAUUCUGGGGGUGAAAAAACAUGUCCAUGAUAUGCAAACUGCUUGUCAGAAUGAAUCAAAAAUAGGUAAGGAGCUUAGGCAAAAGGUAUGUCGGAGGACAGGAAUAAUUUCAGAAAUCAACCAAAUACAUGAGAAUGAUAAAGAUAUGCAUGACCCAGAAAAGGGUAACUUAUUUUCUCUAACCCAAAAAGAUAAAAUCAUUCCUGAAAGCCUGGAGGACUCAAAUGAGUUUCAGAUGGUUGAUCCUUCCACCAGAGGUGAUAGGAACCUCUGUGAUUUUGAGGCUGGAAACAUUUAUGGGGAGAAGAAGCGGGUUACUAAUAUGCCACCUGCAAAGCAAAAGGGAUCAAAAAUAAGUAAGAGGCUUAGGGAUAAAGAAAGUCGGAAGACACAAAUAAUUUUAGAAACGAACCAAAUAAGUGAGUUUAAUAACAAAGGAGUGCAUGAACCAGAAAACAGUAACUUCUUUUCCCUAACCCCAAAGGAUAAAGAAAGUAUUUCUGAAAACCCAGAAGUCACAAGUGAAUUUCGAACAGCUUAUGUUUUUACCAAAGAUAAUGGAAAUUUAUAUGAUUAUGAGACGUUGAAUAUGUUGGAUUUGAAAAAGCAUGUAACUGAUAUGCAACCUGCUCAGCAAAAUGAUUCAAAAAUAAAUAACGUUAGGCAGAAAGUGAAUCGGAAGACAGAAAUAAUUUCAGAAAUGUACCAAAUAUAUAGGGAUAAUGAUAACGAUGGGCAUGGCCAAGAAAUCUAUACAAAAGAUCUCGAUGUUAAAAUAAAUGAAUCUAAACAGAGACUUGAAUGCCAAGGUAUUAUCAGUGGCUACGGUAUGGAAAUCAAUAAUAAUGAAAAGGAAAAUUGUGAGCAAAUUUCAAAUCCUUACAAACAAGUUAAAAAGCAUGGGAAAGAAUCAUCAGGCAAGACAAAGAACAUUUUGGCAAAAGGUAAAAACAAACCUAUUUUUCAGUUAACAGAUUGUUCACAGACCUCUCUCCCCUUGGAAUCGGGUUUAAAACACGUUACUAAUGAAGCAGAUUCUGAUUCUGGUAACCAAGUGGAACCACGUAAGAAUCCAAAGCAGAGCACUACAGCUCUGAAUAAGGAAAGAGACCUCCCCUUUGUGGAAGAGAUAAAAGGAGAGCGCCAGGUUAAAAGAGGAAGUAAAGUGACAUCCAAAUCAAAGAAAAGGAAGACGCUAAUAGAUCUUUCUCCAGAUAGCCAUGAAGUAAAGCAGAGAAUAUCUGACACCGGUCAGAGAAUAUCAUUUGAAUCUGAACAAGCUACUGAAAAAAAAUUGGAAAAUGAGAAAAUUAAGCCAGACUUUUAUACAAAGGUGUUUAAUUCUUUAUCUCAGAUCUAUUCACCUAACGUACAAGAUUCUUCCCUUAACAGUGUCCAUGAGGGUUCAAGACCUUUGCGUAUUUCUUCUGGUAAAAAUCUAACAAUAAAAGAAAAUUUUGUAAGUGAUGAUGAGCAGGAGAAGAUGACAGGGAUGAAGUUUCAAGUCACCCAGAGAACACAAAAAUCAGGAACAGGUGGUAGAACACUACAGGACUUGACAAAUACCAAUUUUGUCUCAAAUAACACUGCUAAAUCUGAAAAUAAGUCAGAGGAUCUACCUUUAGAGCUGCCAAAGCGAAGAAGGUGCACGCCUAUCAAUUUCAAAGAGCCAAGUCUCAGAGACAAGAUGAGAAGAUGAAGUGAAUUUAUGGAUUCUGGUUUUUCUGAAUUCUGAAACCAUAAUGAGUCAAAACAGGGAUAUAAUUAGAAGAAGAGGAAAUACAUGAUGAAAAGUUGUGGUUGUUUUAUUUUCUGCCUUUUCAUGGAGUGUUGAUUUAUCCAUUUUUAUGUUUCAAUAUAUGUGCAUAAAAUAGCUGUUUUGUAAUAUUAAAUUAUAUUACAAAAUUUAAAUAAUUUUGGUUGUCCUAUAACUUAUAUUCCUUCUCAUUCAGCUUUUUCAACCUAAUAGGCUUGAACUAAACAGUAUCUGUUAACCUUUUAACCAAUAAAAUGUAUUAUAAAUACU